GCCAGUCUAUAGACAGCGCACUAACUAAACAGACGUCUUGGUAUCUUGCUCGACGCGCUUUCCACACACAGUUCCCCGAUAGGCAAAUCCCGCAUUUUAUAAAAGGGACUGUCGCAUUCUACACUUAAGUCAGACGCGUGCCAGAAUUCGCGAGUGAAACACUUGAAUUACCAGAAACCAAAGAUCAAUCAAUAAUCAAAAACAAAACAUGAGCCACCACUGGGGUUACACCGAAGAGAACGGUCCUCAACACUGGGCCAAGGAUUUUCCACAUGCAUCGGGACAUCGUCAGUCGCCUGUGGCCAUAACCACCUCAAGUGCUAAGAAGAGCAGCGAUCUUAAAUUGGCGCCGCUUAAGUGGCAGUAUGUUGCCGAGAAUUCCAAGAGUCUGGUUAAUCCAGGCUAUUGCUGGCGCGUAGAUGUUAAUGGCGCCAAUUCGGAGCUGACGGGUGGUCCACUGGGUAAUCAAAUAUUUAAGCUGGAGCAAUUCCAUUGCCAUUGGGGAUGCACAGACUCCAAGGGCUCAGAGCAUACGGUUGAUGGUGUUUCCUAUGCCGGCGAGCUCCACUUGGUCCAUUGGAAUACUACCAAGUACAAGUCGUUCAAUGAGGCGGCUGCUGCACCCGACGGCUUGGCCGUACUGGGUGUGUUUCUGCAGCCGGGCGAUCAUCAUGCCGAGCUGGAUAAGGUCAGCAGCUUACUGCAGUUUGUGCUGCACAAAGGCGAUCGCGUCACACUGCCUCAAGGCUGUGAUCCUGGCAAACUGUUGCCCGAUGUGCACACCUAUUGGACUUAUGAGGGCUCGCUAACAACGCCACCCUGCUCGGAGUGCGUCAUCUGGCUUGUGUUCAAGACACCCAUUCAAGUGUCGGACGAUCAGCUGAACUCCAUGCGCAAUCUUAAUGCCUACGACGUAAAGGAGGAGUGCCCAUGCAAUGAGUUCAAUGGCAAGGUCAUCAACAACUUCCGUCCACCACUGCCGCUGGGCAAGCGUGAGCUACGCGAAAUUGGUGAACAUUGACCAUGAACCAUUGACAUUGCAUCCAAACUACAGCAACAAAAGAUACAUGAUCAGAAAUGCCGUGUCUGCACCUUAGAAUCGCUUCCAAGUUGAGCAGCAGCAAUUGUUAAAGUCUCGUUUUAGUUUGUAUUAUUUUUGUUUAGCUCUUAUGAUGCCUCUUUACAUUUAAAAUGCUUGUGUAAUGUUUUAUUUGUUGAAACACUUGCUCUAUGACAAUUAGUUUUAUGCCCAUAUUAUAUGUUACACCUAUGGUAUUACAAAAUAAAUAUAUAUUUACUUUAAAUGUUGCAAAUCCA